CGUGCCCCGGAAGCGGUUCUUUGGCCUUGUGACACGUAGCAACGGAGCCAGUUCAGGGUCCUAAGCGGUGUUUGGGGGUUUUGGGGGUUUGCCGGAGCCGCUGCCGCCGCUUCUCCAUUUGGUCCUUGCUUUGACGCGUCCCCUAUACCUCAAGCGUGGCUUUCUAGGAGUCUGCACCGUCGCGGCAGGCUCAGGCCUUAUUUUGCAAAGAGGCAGUCGCAUUGUCAGCGGCAAAGCCCUUCCCCCGAGAUCAUUUGCAAUGUCAGGCUUUGAUAACUUAAACACGGAUUUCUACCAGACAAGUUACAGCAUCGAUGACCAUUCACAGCAGUCCUAUGAUUAUGGAGGAAGUGGAGGACCCUAUAGCAAACAGUAUGCUGGCUAUGACUAUUCGCAGCAAGGCCGAUUUGUCCCUCCAGACAUGAUGCAGCCACAACAGCCAUACACCGGGCAGAUUUUCCAGCCAACUCAGGCAUACACUCCAACAACACCUCAGCCGUUCUAUGGAAACAACUUUGAGGAUGAGCCACCUUUAUUAGAAGAAUUAGGUAUCAAUUUUGACCACAUCUGGCAAAAAACACUAACAGUGUUACAUCCAUUAAAAGUAGCAGAUGGCAGCAUCAUGAAUGAGACUGAUUUGGCAGGACCCAUGGUUUUUUGCCUUGCCUUUGGAGCCACAUUGUUACUGGCUGGCAAAAUCCAGUUUGGCUAUGUAUAUGGGAUCAGUGCAAUUGGAUGUCUAGGAAUGUUCUGUUUACUAAACUUAAUGAGUAUGACAGGUGUUUCGUUUGGUUGUGUGGCAAGUGUCCUUGGAUAUUGUCUUCUUCCCAUGAUCCUACUUUCCAGUUUUGCGGUGAUAUUUUCUUUGCAAGGAAUGGUAGGAAUCAUUCUCACUGCUGGAAUUAUUGGUUGGUGUAGUUUUUCGGCUUCCAAAAUUUUUAUUUCUGCAUUAGCCAUGGAAGGACAGCAACUUCUAGUAGCAUAUCCCUGUGCUUUGUUAUAUGGAGUCUUUGCCCUAAUUUCCGUUUUUUGAACUGAAUUGAUCUGGCAUGUGGACACCAUUGAGCCAAAAGGACUUUGAACUCUUAUAUUGGACCAGCGAACUGCUACAGUGCAACUCCCGUGCAGAUCUAACGUUUGACUAUUGGCGCAGUGGAAGUAAACAUACAUCUUUUGUUCACUUUUAUAGAACUUUUGAAUACUAUGUUGGAUUUACUUGCAGUAUGACUAGCUUUAAAUGUUUGUGCUUAUACCAAUAAGAAGUGCUAUUUCUUUCCUGUUCUGCAGCCUUUGAAAAACAGAUUUUUUUCUUGCAAAUUAUAUUAAGAUGUUUUUGAUAGAUUUUUAUCAACUGUGGGAAACUGACCACAGGGCUGAUAAUCUUUUCUUAAAAAGAACCCAGUCUUGGUUAAGAAGACACAAGAUUUACUGCAGAAAUGUUUUUCCAAGGGAUUGGGAAAGAAAAAUUGCCUGUAUUCUCAAGUUAGAUGCACUUGAAGCAAAAAAGUGAUCCCAAUGUAGAGUUUUAUGAGUUUGCCCUGCACAAAUUUGACAUUCCUUUAAAUUCUCUCAUGGAGUUUUUGCUAAAACUCAACAAGACAGCAAGUUCCUAGUCUACUUGAUUGUAGACAGGAAGUGUGAGCACCUGUUGAGGUUAGCAUGAACUAAACCAUAAUGACCUAGACUGAACGCAUUAAUGUUCAUAGUCGUAUCUCCAUGUUUCCUAGGAAAAAGAAAAUCACUAACCUUUUUUGAGAAAAAGAUUUAAAACGUCACAGUUUCAGUACUGCAGUUAUCAAUGUAAAGUGCAUUUGAUGCUUAGUAAUUAAAAUUUUCCCAGUUUUAA